UGGAAAAAAAGGAGCGAAUGUGCGCUUUAGCUGGGAGAGAGAGAGAGAGGGCGCACAGCCAGCAGCCAGGCGGGCGCAUCAGCAACAGCGGCUGAGCAUCUCCUCCCGAUCCUUUCCUUCUGAUUCUGCCUCUAGCAUCAUUUGUUUUGGUGCCAAAUUCCUGCGUGGCGUCUGGUCGAUCCCCUCACCGCGCUGGGCUGAAGUGUCCAGAAGCGUCCUGCGACCGUGUUCACCUCCUACAGCUCACUUUCCUCCCGGAGCUCGGUUUAUUCUUAGCUCAGCUGCAAGAGAUAAACAGAGAGGCAGACUGUCCUUCCGGUACCCUCUCUUAUUUCUCCCUGUUUCUUGAAUAUUUAAUGGAAAAUGGCGAUCCGUGCACAGUCGCUCGGCGUUUUCUGCCUCUUCGCUGUACAAACUGUACUUAUCAUAUGCGUUUCCACGCCGACAGCCGGGACCCACCACUUUCCACAGCACUACACGAUGAUUCACUGGGCUGGACGCAUUGAGAAGGAGCUGGAAAAGGUUCUUCAGCACGUUACUGGAGCUCAGCAGAUGAGAUCGAUUUAUAAUGAGAAGAAGAGCCAGUUUGAAAUCAAGAGAAACAACCCCAAGGAUCUGGUGGACAGAGUGGCACGGGAAAUCUCCAGGCUGCUAAACAGUAAGAGUAAAGCCUUAGAGAAACUGGUCCGAGAGGCUGAGCAGCUUCAGAAGGAGCACGUGUGGCAAGACGGCGUGACGGAAAAUGCCAUUUCAUACUACGAUUCCAAAGCGGAUUCAGACUAUCAGACAGAGGAUGGAGAGGAGGAAACUCCACUGGAAAGCUCAUCCUCCUUGGAGCUGGAGUUUGUCGACGAUCCCAAUUUUAAAAACAAGGUCAACUACUCCUCCAGUGCUGUCCAGAUUCCCACAGACAUAUACAAAGGCUCCCCAGUUAUCCUAAAUGAGCUCAACUGGACACAAGCUCUGGAGCGAGUCUUCAUUGAAAACCGGCGAGAGGACAGCUCUCUGCGCUGGCAGGUGUUUGGAAGUGCCACAGGGGUGACACGAUACUACCCAGCCACUCCUUGGAGGGCGCCCAAUAAGAUUGAUCUGUAUGACGUUCGCAGAAGACCAUGGUAUAUCCAAGGUGCAUCGUCUCCAAAGGACAUGGUCAUCAUUGUAGAUGUGAGCGGCAGUGUCAGCGGACUUACUCUGAAGCUCAUGAAAACCUCUGUCAUGGAGAUGCUUGACACACUAUCAGAUGAUGACUAUGUCAACGUAGCAAAGUUUAACGAAAAGGCAGAGGCUGUUGUCCCGUGUUUCAGGACUUUGGUCCAAGCCAACGUUCGCAACAAGAAGAUCUUCAAGGAAGCUGUCAUGCAUAUGCAGGCCAAAGGAACCACAGAUUACAAAUCUGGCUUUACGUUUGCCUUUGAGCAGCUUCUCAAUGAGAGCAGUGCCCCGAGGGCCAACUGCAAUAAGAUGAUAAUGAUGUUUACAGAUGGAGGUGAAGAUCGUGCUCAGGAAAUCUUUGAGAAGUAUAACUGGCCCAACAAAACUGUUCGAGUUUUUACUUUCUCUGUUGGACAGCAUAACUAUGAUGUCACCCCUUUGCAGUGGAUAGCGUGUGCUAAUAAAGGUUACUACUUUGAAAUACCAUCAAUUGGAGCAAUCAGAAUCAACACACAGGAGUACCUGGAUGUCCUGGGACGUCCCAUGGUGCUCGCUGGGCCUAAAGCUAAACAAGUACAGUGGACGAAUGUCUACCAAGAUGCUCUGGGUUUGGGGCUUGUCAUCACUGGAACAAUGCCAGUUUUCAACCUGACUGCAGAUAGCGCCAGCUCUCAGAAUCAACUCAUUCUUGGAGUUAUGGGAGUUGAUGUAGCAAUCAAUGAAAUCAAGAAGAAGACUCCAACUUAUAGACUUGGGGCCAAUGGCUAUACGUUUGCUACCGACCCAAAUGGUUACGUGCUGCUGCAUCCUAACCUACGACCCAAGAUCAUUAACUUCAGGGAGCCUGUCACUCUAGACUUUCUAGAUGCAGAACUGGAAGAUAACAACAAGGAGGAGAUCCGUCGAGACAUGAUUGAUGGUAAAUCGGGGCAAAGAAAAAUCAAGACUCUCAUUAAAUCAGUUGAUGAGAGGUAUAUCGACGAGGCCAUACGAACAUACACCUGGACACCUGUUGAUGGUACAGACUACAGUCUAGGGUUGGUACUGCCCACAUAUAGUGAGAACCAUAUCAAGGCCAACCUAAGUGACCAGAUACUUCAGGUGCAGUGGCUAAACUCCAAGGAUUUUGAAUCUCUGCUGCCAAACAGUUUUGAGUCUGAAGGACAUGUAUUCAUUGCUCCCAGGGAGUACUGCAAUGAUCUUGAACUGUCCAACAACAACACAGAGUUCCUUCUCAACUUCAUCGCUCUAAUGGAGAAGGUGACGCCAGACUCCAAACAAUGUGAAAGUUUGCUUCUUCACAAUCUGAUUUUGGAUACUGGCAUCAUCCGGCAGCUGGUUGAUAAAGUGUGGAAGAAUAAAGAUUUGAAUACAUAUGGCUUCCUGGCUGUAUUUGCUGCAACAGAUGGAGGAAUAACACGAGUCUUUCCAAACAAAGCUGCAGAAACCUGGGAGGAAGACCCAGAGCCAUUUAAUGCUAGCUAUUACCGCCGCAGCCUUGACAACAAGGGUUACAUCUUCACAGCGCCUUAUCGAUCAGCCGGGGCCGAUCUGUUGAACCCUGAAAACGACACAGUGGGAAUCCUGGUCAGCACGGCUCUGGAUAUUACAAUAGGCGGGAAGACAGUCAAACCUGCAGUUCUUGGAGUAAAGUUGGAUCUUGAAGCCUGGACCGAUAAAUUCAAGAUUCUUGCCAGCAACCAUACAGACAGUCGUCAAGGUUCAAAUACGUGUGGACCAUACAGGGGCUGUGAGAUGGACUGCGAAGCUAAUAGUGAUGAUCUCCUGUGCUAUUUAAUUGAUGAUGGUGGUUUCCUUAUUAUGUCAAAUCAGAAGGAUGAUUGGAGCGAGGUGGGCAAAUUUCUUGGUGUGGUUGACCCAAACUUGAUGUACGCCCUCUACAACAACUCCUUCUACAAACGCAAGCAGUCAUAUGAUUAUCAGUCUGUGUGUGAACGAGUACAAAACAGUGAAGCUGGAGCUGCACGGAGAGGAGUGUUUGUGCCCACGAUUGCAGAUUUUGUCAACGUGGCAUGGUGGACGUCAGCUGCUGCAUGGUCCUUGUUCCAACAGCUUAUAUAUGGUUUGGCUUAUCAUAGCUGGUUUGUCAUAGACGAGGCAGAUGCAGAAGGAAUAGAGUCAAAAGAGAGGAGUUGUGUGAUGAUCCAAACCCAGUACUACUUCAGUAACCUCAGCAGCUCAUACAACAUCCUCCAAGACUGUGGCAACUGUUCCAGGCUGAUUCAUGCCAAGAGGAUAAACAAUACCAACUUGCUGUUUGUGGUAGCAGAAAAGCUGCCAUGCAGCACCUGCGAGAUAGAAGAUCUUUCCCAGGACAAGGAGGAAUUCAAGGAGGAAAAUCCCUGUGAAGAAAUGACGGCAGCACGGUAUCGAAAAGGACCCGUCAAAUGCUUCGACAACAACGUAGCUGAGAACACAUCAGACUGUGGAAGAGGUCACUCCUUGGGUCCUCCUCUCUACACACUACUGCUCAUUCAGCUGCUCCUGCUUUAUCAAGCUCUCAGCCCCCACAAUCACUCUCUCUUACAUUAACUUCAUUUUACUGCAGCUCUAUUCACCCCCCCUCCCCUCCCCCUUCCUUAAAAAUCACUUGAUUCCUCCCAACUCUUCUUCUACUUACCUGCACCCUGCUUUUGUUUUAGUUAUAGUUAAUUAUGGGACUUCCUUUCACAGUUAGCUGGAAACCCCAAGUGCAGCGCCACCCAGUUUAGACGCUGGAUGUUUUUGUCCUCAGCCCACUUAUAAUCUGCAUCUGCAAGCCAAGCUGCUGGCACAAGACCAUGGAGGCACCCCAGAAUAGAGAAAAAUAAAUCCCUGUCUAAUCCAAAUACUACCAUCAUCUAGAUAAGGGCGAGAUCCUGACAGACUGCCCUCCCAGGGCCGGACUUCUUCUUCGCCUUCAUCUCAAAGUCUCACCAUCUGCCUCUCGUAAGGCUGUGGACCCUCCAGCCAGCUGUACCACAAUAGAUAAGACAAAAAAAAAAAAAAGUCAAUAAGUAUUCACAAUGUCAAAUAUUACCUGCUGAAGUGAUGAGUAUUCCAAACAUGCUGUAUGCUUAGGAUUUUCAUUUGAAAAGGAAGCUAAGUGUUAACCUAAAAUGCGCUAUAUCUAUUUGCCAAAAUGAGAUAUCCUUUCCUGUGGUCUUAUUUUUGUAGCCAAAAACACAAAGAGGAAACUGAAUUUAGAUCCACAGCAGCUGAAUUAUGAUUCAUUUUGUGCAGCUCUAAUUAACAGAGUGGCUUAAAAAAUGGAUGAAAAAGGAUGUCAGAUAAGGAGUGUGAUUGUCUCUAGAAAAUGUAAUACCAAAUUUUUCUUGAAGUGUUUUUAUGAUGGUUUAUCAGUGCUUUGUGAAUUCUGGCUCGUAAGCCCUAAGCUGUAAAAUCUGGAUCAGCGUUCGGUUGCUACAAGAACAUUGUUGAUGUUGUGUGGUAUUACUCUCUUUUAUGAUCAAUCGAACCAUUCUGACCUCGAAAAAAAUAGUUAUAAAAAAAAAAAACUCACCUCUUACAGUAGAAGUACUUCAUCAAUUCUCCAAAUCACAAUUGUUGUGUGUAUGUGGUUUACUCGUGUCAAAAUCCAAGCCUUUCUUUCAGAGGGGUCUGUCAUGUUUAAUUUACCUUUGACUGACACUGUUCAAUCUUUAAAAACCAUCCACUGCUGAGGGUUAGGGGCUAAUUGUUAUUUUCCACCAGUAGUUUAGAAGGGGCCACUAAAUUUGGUGAUCACGUACAGUAGUAGUCACUUGUCCUCUAACCAUUGCAAUGUAUGGGUUUUAUUUUAUAAUGACUCCUAUUAUUUGAGGCUCCUGUGUUUAGGAGCCACUCUGUUUCAUAGUGCCUUUAUGCACUUUGUUUUGGCUGUAUAAGUGUGAAGCUACUGUAUAGUACCUUUAAAAGCAGCCAUGUUUGAGGCUUUGGAUGCUAAGGAGGACUGAAUCUGUUGAGUGACGCUGUAGAACUAGCUUUACACUGAGCCCUCAAUCUGAUCGGCUCCCCUUGAUGUCCUUCCCCCUCCAGAGCCUCCCUUCUGCCGUCACACGGGGAUUACUAUACGGUUCCUUUACCAUACCAUGUAUAGAGCUAUGAUACACUAUCGAUAUACAGAAACUUAACCGGCCAUAGUGUGUUCUUAGGGCCACCUGACCGCUAUCGUUCUGCCUGGUUUGUGUGUGUUUGUGUGUGUGCAUAUGUGCGUUUGUGUAAAAAGCCCUCGCAAGGAUCAUUGGUCAAAUGAGCGUAAUUUGGGG